UCUGUGUUGUAAGCUUUUUGUUUUCGUUCUCAAAUGCUAAUUGUAUUAUUCCUGAAAGUAAUGAGUCGAAUAAAAACCUCUCAGUGAGCUCCCAAAUAACUGAGUUGAGAGCGGAGCAGAAACAUAAUGUUAACUUGAUUGAAGGAAUAAUCAAGGCAAUGGAUCUGCAAAUACUUAAAGCGGAACAGGAAAGACAAGGAAAACUCAUAGAUGAUCUGGUUAAGGCAAUGGAUAUUCAGAACCGUCAAGAAAAGUUGAUAAACGAUCUGGUUAAGGCAACGGAUAUUCAAUGUCUAAAGGCGGAAAUAGAAGAGCUGAAAAAAGACGGACUUGAUAGGGAGUCCAACAUUCAACUACUAAGAACAGAGCUGGAAGAACAACAGAAAGACGGAGUUGAUAAGGAAUCGAAAGUUCGCUACCUAACAACGGAGGUGGACCGUCUGGAAAAAUUAGUAGGGGAACUCAAUAUAAAAUUUGAUAAUCAAUCCCUCAGAACGGAGCAGAAAUCACAGGAAAAGCUGAUCGCGGAACGUGUCCAGGAAUCGGAUAAACACAAUUUGGGGCGCUUCCCUCAGAAUUGUACCGAUGAUACGUUUGGUGGGAUUGAAAUACACAUCCCCGAGAUUAGCAGUCAACCUUUAAAAGUGGUCUGCGAUGCAGAAACUGAAGGAGAAGGUUGGAUAAUUAUCCUUAGACGGAUGGACGGAAGUGUCGACUUCUAUCGAAACUGGGCCGAAUACAAGGAAGGAUUCGGAGAUUUAAAUGGCGAGUUCUUUUUGGGACUCGAUAAAAUACACGCCUUAACGACAGACAGGAAUCACGAAUUACUUGUUGUCCUAGAGGACCACGAGGAAAUUGGAGCGUUUGAGAUGUAUGACAGCUUUGCAAUCGGCGAUGAAGAUCAACAAUAUAUCCUACACACCCUGGGAAAUGCGACUGGAAGUGCGGGUGAUUCACUCUCGGAGCAUCGUGGCAUGAAAUUUACCACCAAAGAUCGAGAUAAUGAUAGUCAGAAAGACGGAAACUGCGCCGUAGACUUCACUGGCGCCUGGUGGUUCCAUGAUUGUCACGACAGCAACUUAGCAGGGAAGUACGAUGUUGAAGGCUGGGAAUACGGCGUCUAUUGGAACACUUAUUCGGAUCGGGGGAACUCCCUCAAAACAGCAGUCAUGAUGAUUCGGCCAAAGAAGUAAAUUCUAAGGCUCUACAAUGUUUGAAAUCUGCUCCACCGUUAUAUUCAAAUGUAUAUUGCGAUACCUCAAAAUAUAUUCUAUUUAACGUGCUUGUAGAUUGCUUAAUUAUUUAUUUUUUUUUAAAUAUUUAUUUCAUGUAUGUUGAUUGAAUGAAAUGACUGCGAAGAUAUGUGUACUGGGCAACUAACAGUCGAUCACUUUUUACUA